GUGUGAACAGACAGGCAGGUUUUGUGCUAACGGGACUCUCUGGGGGUUUCUGUUUUUAGCCCGGCGGUCUGCUGGUGAGCAAUGCGGAAGACACACUGUCACCGGAGAAACACGACAGACAGCCCCCCGUCUGCACCGAAAUGUGUUUUGCUUCAGUGUUCUCUUACAGGAGUCCGUGUUAGCUAGUUUUGGCGUCGACGUUACCGUUAGUGGACGCUGCUUGUUAGCGACGGAUUCGCCACGUUGUUUAAAGAUUGCAGCAUACAGCGUAAAGCUUCAACUGUGAUCCAGAACUUCCAGAGACCCAAAGAGGAGGAACGGUGUCUGAUCCUGUCGUCCCCACCAUCAGUUAGUGUCAACAUUUGGAACCAUGUGGAAUCCAGCGAACGGCAACGACCAGUUGGGACAAGUGACUGCCAGGAUGGAGACCACACCGUCUAUGGGCAGUGCGAGCAUCUCCAUCUCCCAGCAGCAGACACCCAAGAAAUUUGCUCCUGUGGUCGCACCCAAGCCCAAGUUCAACCCUUACAAACAGCUGGGGGAUGCCAGCCAUUCUGACCCUGCAGCGGACUACCCUCCCCCUCCACCACCUGCCGAAGACUCAGCCGGUUUCCCAUCUUCGCCCGGUUCCUUCCCUCCUCCACCGCCGGUGAACUCGUACGAUUAUCAGACGAAAGGACCAGAGAAAACCCUGGAAGAGAGACGCUCCAGCCUGGAUGCAGAGAUCGACUCCCUCACCAGCAUCUUGGCAGACUUGGAGAGCAGCUCGCCUUACAAGCCACGAACCACACAAAAUUCUGGAUCCUCGGCAGGCUCCACCCCCAACGCUCCAGUGACUGGUUACAAGCGUAUGGUCAUUCCAACUCAACCACCUCUGACUGCCACUAAGAAGUCUACACCCAAACCUCAGGGCCCUGGGGGAGUCUCGUCUAUCCCGCCUUCCUCUGUCAGCCCGGUGGCCAAGCCUCAAAGCCACAUGGCUCCUCAGCCUGUUCCAGCCUCCUACGCUACAGCAUCAACCCCAAGUCAACCCACCUUCAAUGUCCAGGUGAGGUCGGCCCAACCCGGCCCCCAGCAUCAAGCCCCAGGUGGGCAUCACUUUGGCCAGCAGCCCAUUCGCAGCCCAGCACAGGUGCAGUACAUGCCUGCCCAGCCCAAAGGUCCAGACUUUGCUUACGGACCGCCGCAGCCUGGUUUCUCCCCGAUGACACAGGGUGGAUAUCAAGACCAGCACCAUCCAGGAGGACCCCAAAUAGGGGGGAUGAGUUCCAGAAGACCUGAGCCUGUCCCGGCUCAAGCAUAUCAGCCUCCAGGCCCUAAGAAAACCUACAUCACAGAUGUGCCACCAAGCUUGACCCCUUACAGUUCUGGACCUGUUGUUCCACCAAAGGGCAGUGCUCCCGUUGCUCACCCUGAAGAUGAGCUGGAACGCCUGACCAAGAAGAUGCUGUUUGACAUGGACAACCCUCCAUCUGAGGAGUAUUUUGGGCGCUGUGCCAGCUGUGGAGAGAACGUCGUGGGUGAAGGCACCGGCUGCACCGCCAUGGACCAGGUCUUCCAUGUCGACUGCUUCGUCUGCAUGACCUGCAGCACCAAGCUGCGGGGCAAGCCCUUCUACGCUGUGGAGAAGAAGGCGUACUGCGAGCCGUGCUAUAUUAACACCCUGGAGACCUGCACCAUCUGCAGUAAGCCCAUCAUGGAGCGCAUCCUGCGGGCCACAGGAAAGGCCUACCAUCCUCACUGCUUCACCUGCGUGGUUUGUCACCGCAGCCUGGACGGCAUCCCGUUCACCGUGGACGCCUCCAACCACAUCCACUGCAUCGAGGACUUCCACAAGAAGUUUGCUCCACGCUGCUGCGUUUGCUCUGAGCCCAUCAUGCCGGCACCUGGUCAGGAAGAAACUGUUCGUAUUGUGGCUCUGGACCGUGACUUCCACGUGCAGUGUUACCGCUGCGAGGACUGUGGCUCUCUGCUCUCAGAGGGGGAUAACCAGGGCUGCUACCCGCUGGACGGACACGUCCUCUGCAAAAACUGUAACACCAGCCGCAUCCAGGCCCUCACCGCCAAGGCCACCACGGACCUCUGAACAGCCGGUCACCUCCACUGUGAUAACCCAGUGCUCGCUCUGUCUCUCUCUGUAUUCCUCUGCAAACAUACACAUACCCAUCCACAGACGCCUGCAUUCCUCUGCAUAAACAUAUAAUCCCUCUAUAUACACUAUAUAAAUACAUAUAUCUCCACCUUCAGUUACAAGAAGUAGCCUGACAUCCACCCGCGUUCAUGUAACUAUCGACUCGGUACAGUCACUGCAGACGAAGCUGCGUGUUAUUUAACUGUAUUUUUUAAAAGGAAUAGUUCGACAUUUUGGCAAGUUCCAUCCUUUCUGGCAAGAAGGGACUCUCUUGUCUGUACGCUACAAAAAAAGGUAACAAAAUCUGCACCUCUAAAGCUCACUGAAACAUAUUCACUUAUAUAUCAUAUCUCUUUAUUGCAAACAUGCCAAUGUAACUGGCUCACUCUCAGCCACAAAGCAUUGAAGCACAUUUCCUAAAGUGUUGAACUGUUGUUUUAAAUAAUCACUCCAGAUCCAUCAUAUAGCAACAUACAUUAAUAUCUUUAGUUAUCAUCACUGUGCAUGUUUCAGCCAUCCAUGCAUGCACCCACAUGCUCCUCGCUGAUCUAAAAUGUCCACUAGAACAUGCAGAAAUGUUUGACGCCUCUCUCCUGCAGGUGAAAUGAUGGAUGGUUGUGUGUGACUUUGAGAAAACCCAUGUGUUGUCUCCAACAUGCCUUUUAUUCCGUAGUACAGAUCCACAUACGGUACACAAACAGGGAUAAAAUUACACACCGAACACACCAUAAUUGCAAAACAGUUCUGCAUAACCGAACACCAAAGAAUUGAAUUUAAACUGCCAUAUUUCCUGUGCAUUUGCUUUGUAUGCAGCUAUAUAAAAACAUUAUUUACAGUGUGCUGAUUGGAACCGCAGGCACUACAAACAGUAAUUCCUGCUGUCAAGAACAAAACAGGCAGCUGCUGGAUGAAAUUCCCUUUUUAUAACACAUUAUUUUCUUCGUAUUUUCCGGUUGAAUUUUCUUUGAUGUGUACGGUAAGUUAUUUUCCGUUGGCCUCACCAGUACAAUCAUGUGAGCCUGUUCAUAUAAAUAUGGCCUUAUAUUUGAAAUUAGUUCUAUAUUUUUUCAGCAGAUGAGUAUGUAACGUCCCCCCCAUCCACCGCGCCGUAGAUUAGAUCAGUGCUUGUACUGUAAGUAGUCUGGCAGAGAUAAGGAAUAUUACACGGCUAUGCAAUUUUUAAUGCUAAUUGCAUCGACACUUUAUAAGAAAUUUUAUGAAUAAGGAAAUAUUUUACGUGUACAGAUGCAAGAAUAAGUGUCCUUAUAGUAACCCUUUAAUCAAAACUGUACUGUGUGACUUUGUGUGUCCCUGUGCUGUCUGUCAGUAUUGACUGUGCCACUGACACUCAUCUUUUAUGUUUAGUGUUUGUUUAAAGUUGAUGGGCCAAGAAGGGACCAUGAGAGUUUCCCAAAAAUUAUUUUAUUAUUAAAUCUGAGAGUUGUGGACCAGUAGUUGAAUAAUUUAACCUAAUAGUUCAGCGUAAUUACUGCAGCAGUACGAAUAGUACAACUUUCAACAGCGAGUUAAAGGCACCCUGUGGAGUUUUUCACCGCUAGUGGCUCUAUGGAGCGGUUGUUCAUGUGCCGUCAUUUUGUUUUAUGUUGGCCCACAUGCAGAGGCGGAGCCAGUGAUGUCACCAGGUGAGGAGAAGACCCUCCCUGGAAUUUGAUUGGCCACUUCAGGUGUAGUCACCUACUAUGCCUAGAGUAGGAAGGUGUUAGGUGUACUUGUAGCAUGAGAGCAUCCGAAUGAUGUCAAAUUACCUCGAUGUAACAUCAAGAUGAUGCAAAAUGAUGACAGAGACGUGAAACUACAAUAAAUUGACAAAAACCAAAUUAUAAAGGAUGAAAAAUUAAAACAAAGAGACAUAAAAGCUAUAAAGAGAUAUACAGUGACUACAAGAAGACACAGAAGAACUACAAAGACAUACAGAAUGACUACAAAGAACUGCAAAAUGAUGACAAAAUGAAACAAAACAAAGACAUGCAUGGCUUGAGAUUCAUGCAAAAAUGAUUACAAAAAGAUACAGAAUGACUGCAACACAUGAAACGACCACAAACUGCUGGAAACAAAAUACAUAAGGACAUAAAAGAACUAAAUAUAUAUAUAAAAAAAUGCAAACAGAAAAACGUCAAAGUGAUAUGAAACGCCUAGAAAUGCAUAGAAAACUGUAAUGACAGAAAAAGACUACAAAGAUGUUCAAGAUGUCAUGGGGAAGAAGUGCAACACAUUAAAGGAGAUACGUAACUAUUGCACAGAAUUACAGGGAUCUGCAAAGAGAUUUAAAACAGACUGGAAGUGGUGCCAAAGAACUAAAAAGAGACAAAACGACAAAAUCACUGUAGAGUGAUGCAAAACAACCAAUCACAGAACGACUCCAAACCAAGUAUGUGGGCGACAUGAUGCAUGUUUUUUUUUUGCUGUUUUGCACAACUGGGAUGAUCGACAGUUUGUGGCAUUAACAUGCAACAAAGUGUAGCACAAUCUACAGGCUAAAGAAUAAGGACCUGAAAAUUCUAUGAUUGAUUUCGAGAAAAAAUUGCAUUUUGGGCGAAAACACUGAAACACAGUGUGAAUUUGUUUACAAAAAAACUCCACAGGAUACCUUUAAACAACAAAGACAAGGUGGUUAAUAAGUAUUAAGUAGUAUUUGUUUGUCAGUUUAUUAGCUGAAUUAGUUUACAUCCAGCCACUUAAUACAACGAGUAUUUCCCAAACCUGCUUCAUAGAUGUCUUGUGUGUAUGAACGGUUAUAUUAUGAUUUUAGAGAGUUCUUUUUCCUUCUCUUUACUGUUUUCCCCAAACAUGAAAUAACGGUGUUUAAUGCCAAGUGACCAUGCAAGUAUAAAAAUCUGUCAAUGCUGUAUGUGCUGUCAUCAGGACGUUCUGUUACAGCAGAUCACGUUUUGCUGUUUUAACCCAGGUAAGACUUUGUAAACAACUGUGCUAAUAAUGCUGGUGGUAAGUUAACACUAAAUGAUAAGUUGACAUCUAUCAAAACUUUGCCAGGACACAUUUUCUACAUAAAAACAGACUAAACUUGCUAUUCGAAAUGUAAAGGAGUACUUAAAGGUGAAGAGGUGACUCGCUGGCUGGACAGUUUGUGUUUGGUAGCAGACAAAACCACCAUUUACUCACUUCCAUGCCUGAAGCAGGGACGGAGCGAAGGCUGUUUCUCCAAAAGGUUAGACAACCUAAACUUCAUGUCCUCAGGAAGUUUUCCAUCAAUAUUUGGAGCCGCAUCCUUGUAGACGACCAGUUCAUCGGUCACAUACAGAAACCCAAAAGACAGCAAGACUUGUACAGUUUAGUAAGAUCCGAGUCCACCACUUGAAAUGCAAAUUUGUGAUGUGGCUUGAAGAUAUUUUAAAAUAUCUCAGUAGUGUCACAAAACUCUUUUUCCAGCUAUUCAGAGACACUAUUUACAGUCAUUUCAUGCAUCCUUCAUUGUAAAUCACAUUCAAAUCUUCUCUUUAGCCACAGAAGUUUGCUAUCUUUAUUUUAUCUCUGCUGCUUUGAAAACAGCCACACAGGACAUCACACUGGCUGCGUUAUAUCCAAGAGCAGAUCCAUCAUUUCACCCAUUUGACACUUGACUCUGUCGUCUGAUUACUGCUGGCCGAGACUCUCCAUCUGUCGUUGUCAUGUAUGUUGCUGUGCACAUAGAUGCUGCUGGGGAACCAGUUGGAACCUUACUUUAUCUCUGUGUUACAGAAUGAUCAAGACCUUUCUGACCUGCUCAGAUAAUCUGACAGCGGAGUUGAAGCUGCACUAACAAAUUCACAUUGGGCGAUGAAAACACAGUUUUUUAACAUGAUGUAACAUGCAGAAGUUUAAAAAAACUACAGUUAUUAUCAUUCCCUGCUUUAUUUCUAUUUUCCUCUAUUUUCCUCUAAAUAUUUCACAAAAUGAACAUCAUGUUGUAUUGAACGAGACUUGAAACUAGCAAUUGAAACCAUAGACCCAUAAGUUAAAUGUUUACUGAGGUAACAAAUCAAGUGAGAAAUAGGGUAAUUUUCUCACAGACUUCUAUAUAAGCAGACUUCUUCUUGCAACCAGAAGUCGCCCCCUGCUGGUUGUUUAAGACACUUUGCAGACCUGGAGGCUACGUCCAUCUUUAACAUACAGCUAUAAUAAGCAGCAGGUUUCAGUGAAAUAGUUGUGAUGAAUCUAUGCUACUCUCUGACCUGCCGCUAGCCAAUGAUCACAGUGUAACAUUCAGCUGCUGAUACUUCGUUUAGGAAGCCAAAACACAACAUAAAAUAAACGCUAAUGUAGCGCCAUAACUGCUGGAUGGCUGUUUGCUACCAUGUUAGUCGUAUCGCUGUCAAAAAUAAGAGUUGGAGGUUAUAGUUUGUUAGUAUUUAACUACAAUUUAAUGUAGAAGAUAGCCUGGUGAAGUUAGAGAAAAGCUCAGCAAGCAGAAAACAAAUGAUUUUAUUAGUGAUGAAUGACUUUGCUGGUUUUAAAACAAAAAAAUUUAAUGUUUCUGCAUUUUAUUAUUGGCUUAUUAGCACAUGUUUUGUACAAAGUGUACCCUGGUCUGGUCCAUGUGCACAGAGUUAAAUCUCUGCGUUAGGCUGUUGUUGAUGUGCCAGAGCUGUAUUAAACUCUCCUGUUGAGGGUUUUUCUGCUCCGUCUCUGGACACAUCACACAUCUUCACGGGAGCUUAUACAGUAUGAAUAUACAGCAUGAAUCCUCCGACAAAGCUUGAUGCUACAAGUGUAAACUAGACCGUUUAAUGAUUUUUUAAAAUUUGUUCUGUGUAUUUGUGUUGUCUACUGUCUUUGUUCUACCCUUGUUUGCAAAAGUGCCUUUGGCUGAGCAGUAUUGAAUCACUAUACUGCUGCUGUGUAUUUCAUAUUUCUUCGUGCCUCAAAGAUUUUGCCUCGUUUCCUUGUUGCUUUGUUUUUUUUACCAAAGUAAAUAAAGAGGAUCCCUUUUGUUUGGACCAACUCUGAAUCCACACAGUAGAUGUUUCCACCAGGUGCGGUGCUUUAGGCUGCAGCAGCUGCGUUUUAAGUGGUGUUGAGUGUGAAACUCACCUUAAAGAGCCUGAUCUGCUGUUGUUAAAGUAACUCAUCUGUUUUUGAUCUUGGGAAGGGGCACGAUGUAGUCCUGUUUUUAUUCUUUCCUCAAUAAAAGCUUUGCAAUAG